UGCGAGCUCGGCUUGGUGGUCGCAAGCAUGCGUGUGCCGUGGCGGACCCUCGGGAUCCGGAGGGCUCCGGGCUGCGGGUUACACACGGCCCCGGUGCCGGCCCUUCCCCACUGGCUCGCGGAGAGGUUGGGCGUCUUUGAGGAGCUGUGGGCCGCGCAGGCCGAGCGGUCGGCGGAGAGGGCCCGGAGGGAGCGGCGGCCAAUCCGGGUCUUGGCUCCCGGAGGCCGGAGGGUGGACGGCGAGGCCUGGAGCACCACGCCCUACCAGGUAGCCCAGCGGAUCAGUCCUACCUUGGCAGAUACUGCUGUAGCUGCCCGAGUAAACGGAAUCACCUAUGAUAUGGAUCGUCCCUUGGAGGGAGACGCUGACCUUGACUUCCUGACUUUUGAUUCUCCUGAAGGAAAAUCGUUGUUCUGGCAUUCCAGUGCCCAUGUUCUCGGGGCAGCUGCUGAACAUCUUCUGGGUGCCCUCCUCUGCCGUGGCCCCAGCACCCUUGGUGGAUUCUACCAUGACAUAUCCCUCGGAGGGAAUCGGACAGUGCGGGGCUCAGAGCUGCCCAGUUUAGAGCAGGCAUGUCAGAAGAUCGUGGCUGCUGCUCACCCUUUCCGGCGGCUGGAGGCCUCUCGGGAGCAGCUUUGUCAGCUCUUUAAGGACAACCCUUUUAAGCUUCAGCUGAUUGAAGAUAAAGUAAAGGAGCCAACUGCAACAGUGUAUGGAUGUGGCACAUCAGUUGACCUUUGCAAGGGCCCCCACCUGCGACACACAGGACAGAUUGGUGUGCUAAAGCUCCUGACGAACUCAUCUUCCUCAUGGGUGGGGUCUUCAGGAGCUGAAGAGCCAUUGCAGAGAGUGUAUGGCAUUUCCUUCCCCACCGUUGAGGGGCUGAGAGCCUGGGAGAAACAGAGGGAAGAGGCAGCAGCAAAGGACCACAGACGCAUUGGGAAAGACCAGGAGCUUUUCUUCUUCCAUGAGCUGAGCCCUGGAAGCUGCUUUUUCCUGCCACGAGGGACAAGAGUAUAUAAUGCGCUGAUGACUUUCAUCAGGAAUGAGUAUGCCCGUCGAGGGUUCUCAGAAGUGAGGACCCCAACACUCUUCUCUACAAGGCUAUGGGAGCAGUCAGGACACUGGGAGCAUUAUAGCGAAGACAUGUUUGUUCUUCGGCCUCCAGAGUCUGAUGGGCCUGCUGAUUGCCAAAAUGACCAUUCCGCUAACCAGCCGAGAGGCAUGCUGGCUCUCAAGCCCAUGAACUGCCCUGCACACUGCCUGAUAUUUUCACACCGCCCCCGGUCCUGGCGGGAGCUGCCUCUGCGGCUGGCGGAUUUUGGGGCCCUGCACCGAACCGAGGCCUCCGGGAGUCUAGGGGGCCUGACUCGACUUCGUAGGUUCCAGCAGGAUGAUGCUCAUAUCUUCUGUGCUCCAGAUCAGCUAGAGUCUGAGAUCCAAGGAUGCCUUGAUUUCCUUCGCUCUGUCUACACGGUCCUUGGCUUCUCCUUUCAUCUGGUGCUGUCGACUAGGCCGUCUUCUUUCCUAGGGGAGUCCUACCUUUGGGACAAGGCUGAAGAGAUCCUUCAGCAAGCCCUAGGUGAGUUUGGGGAGCCCUGGGAGCUGAACCCUGGAGAUGGUGCAUUUUAUGGACCCAAGAUUGAUGUUCAUAUCCAGGAUGCCCUGGGAAGACCCCAUCAGUGCGGGACAAUACAGCUUGACUUCCAGCUGCCUUUGAGAUUCGGCCUCCAAUAUGUGGGGCAGACGGGGGUCCCGGAGCGCCCAGUCCUUAUUCACCGAGCAGUGCUGGGCUCAGUGGAAAGAAUGUUGGGGGUGCUGGCUGAGAACUAUGGAGGCAAAUGGCCACUGUGGCUGUCUCCACUCCAGGCUCUGGUCAUCCCCGUGGCAGUUGAGCAAGAGGGUUAUGCAUGGGAGGUGCAGGGAGCCCUGCAGGCCGCAGGCCUGGCGGGUGACUUAGAUAAGGACCCAAGCCUGACCCUCAGCCGGAGAGUACGGCGUGCCCAGCUUUCCCAGUAUAACUUCCAAUUUGUGGUGGGUCCCAGAGAACAAAGUCAGAGGACAGUAAACAUUCGAACCAGAGACGGUCGCCAGCUUGGAGAGUGGGAUGUCACAGAGGCAGUCGGUCGGCUUCGAGAGCUGCAGGAUGCCAGGGUCCACAAUGCUGAAGAAAUAUUUUGAGUCACAUCAUGAGUACGAGUAGAGGGACUUUGGGACUGAGCCACUGCCCUCCCUCAGGAAUGGUGGGAGAAAGAAUGGAACAGAGAUGUCCUUCCCAGUGGAAAACGUUGUGGUGUUUUCCCUGGAACUCUGCUAGAGCUGGUGGGAAGAGGUACCGAGAGCAUCCCUUCUCUGCUCUGAAAGACCAGCAUCCUGGGUUUGACAUUCCCAGAGGAGGAAUGUGUGGUCUAGUGAGGGAAAAGUGUGGAAGAGAAUAAGAACGAAAAUAAAAACUUGAACCUCCA